CAGCCUCCAUUCACAACUGCUGUGAGUACUGAGGCAGCAACGUUCCUGUCCCCAGAGCCACAGGAGAAUAGCAGGAACCCAGAGCUAUGCGUAUUCUGGAGGUCCUGAUUGGGCUGUUGACCUCCUGCCUAGCAGUGAGUGCCGGGCCUGUGCCGACAUCACCAGGUAGCAUUCAAGUGCAGGAGAAUUUCGACCUCUCUAGGAUCUACGGAAAAUGGUUCCACGUGGCCAUUGGAUCCACCUGCCCAUGGCUGAAGAGGUUCAAGGACAAGAUGAGUGUGAGCACACUGGUGCUGGGUGCCGGAACCUCCGAGAAUGAGAUUAGCACAACCAAUACUCGCUGGCGCAAAGGCAUCUGUGAGGAGAUCUCUGGGGCUUAUGAGAAAACAGACACCAAAGGGAAGUUCCUCUAUCACAAAUCCAGAUGGAACAUCACCAUAGAGUCCUAUGUGGUCCACACCAACUAUGAUGAGUAUGUUAUUAUUGUGACCAAGAAGUUCAGCCGCCACCAUGGAGACACCAUCACUGCCAAGCUAUAUGGCCGAGAGUCACACCUCCGGGAAAGCUUGCUGGAGGACUUCAGGGAAUUUGCUUUGGGACUGGGUAUUCCUGAAGACUCCAUCUUUACCAUGGCUGACAGAGGUGAGUGUGUUUCUGGGGAGCGAGAACCAGAGUCUACUCUAGGCUUAAGAUUCCGGAGAGCCGUGCUUCCCCAGGAAGAUGAAGGAUCAGGAGCUGAGCAACAAAUGGCUGAUUUCAACAAGAAAGAAGAUUCCUGCCAGCUGAGUCAUGCAGAAGGUCCCUGCCUGGGGAUGGUCAAAAGGUAUUUCUAUAAUGGUUCAUCCAUGGCUUGUGAGACCUUCCAGUAUGGUGGUUGCCUGGGUAAUGGCAACAACUUUGUCUCAGAGAAGGAGUGCCUACAGACCUGCCGAACUGUGGAGGCCUGCAAUCUGCCCAUUGUCACCGGCCCAUGCAAAGGCUUCUUUAUGCUCUGGGCAUUUGAUGCUGUCCAGGGCAAGUGUAUCCAGUUCACCUACGGGGGCUGUAAAGGCAAUGGCAACCAGUUCUACUCUGAGAAGGAGUGCAAGGAAUACUGUGGUGUCCCUGGUGAAGGGGAUGAAGAGCUGCUGCGUGUCUCCAGCUGACCUGAUGGCCCAGGGAUGCAGGGAUCCAGGGCUGGCGCAUCCAAGAAGCCUGAGUUCAAUUAAAGACCAAUUUAUAAACUCCUGAAA